AUGGACGACAUAGUUCCUGCUUUUGGAAUCCUCCUUUUGAUAGGACUUCUGCUACCUACAGUGAAGGUUGAGCCCACUCAAGGUUCAGAAGGCAUUGUUCUUGAUAAAGAUCUUGGUAAAAAGCUGAGCAGUAAUAGAGAGCUGGCCCGGCAGUGGUUGCUAAUGAUGGGCCCCAAAUUCCUUGAGGAGAAAGUAAAAAACCCACCUUCUGAAGAAGUGCCUGAAUCAAGCUCAGAUAUAAUAGAAUCAAGUCCAGACACACUGUUCAUCACAGAGAGAAAUUAUCUAAAUCAAGGUUGGUGUAAAAUGCAAGCACUCAAGCAAACUAUCCACGAGGAAGGCUGUAAAAGCUACACCUUCAUCAACCGGUUCUGUUAUGGCCAGUGCAACUCCUUCUACAUUCCUUGGCAUACCAGUGAUGAGAGAGGGGUCUUUCAGUCUUGUUUCUUCUGCAAACCAAAGAAAGUCAGCACCACAACAGUUAUAUUGCACUGCCCAGACCGUUUGCCCCCAAGAAGGAUGAAGAGGAUCAGGCAAGUUGAGGAAUGUCGCUGUACGGCCAUAGAUGUGGACUAG